CACGAGAGCCGGAUCGCCGGUGAGCAGUGCGAAGAGUGAGAGACAAGUGUGAGAAGAAAGACGAAAGAAGACGAGAAAGAAGGAGAGCAGGGGACCGUGCUUCCCUCUGCACUAAUGGACCAUAAGGAUAUUUAACCAUUUGCCCGGGGAGCGCACAGACACCGCAGUCCAUGCCUCUGCCUUGCCAGGUCAUUGAUGGGAAAUCAACUGGAUCGGAUCACCCACCUGAACUACAGCGAGCUGCCCACGGGGGAUCCGUCCGGGCUAGAGAAGGACGAGCUGCGGGUCGGCGUCGCCUACUUUUUCUCUGACGAAGAGGAGGAGGUGGACGACCGCACUCCGUCUGAUUGCGGUUUCACCAAGGACCACAGCCCGACCGAGGAGGGACCCUUCUCGUUCAGCGAGGUGGAGUACUCUGCGUUCUGCUCCCAGGAAUGCAUCUUCUCCAAGCUGCGGGAGAACGAGGACUUGAAUGUGUACUCGGCCAAAACUUUGCUGACUAUGUGCAAACCGGGGGACCUGCUGGAGCUGGUGGCCACCGCGCAAGCCCCCCACUGGGCCAUCCACGAGCAGGACGACCAGGUCAUUCACCUGCACAAGGGCGAGAUCCGCAAGGACAGCCUGCUUGAGAUCAGCAACGGUCGCCACGGGAGGAUAGUCAACAAUCGGUACCGGUACCGGCCGCUUCCUCCUGACCUGGUGAUGCAGAACGCAGUGGGACACCUGGGCCUGAGCAGCGAGGAGAUAUGCUGGACCAACUCAGAAAGUUUCGCAGCCUGGUGUCGCUUUGGCAAACGGGAGUUCAAAGCCGGGGGAGAGGCGCACUCAGCGGAGCAGCAAUAUUUCCUCAAGGUGCACCUGUCCGGCAGCGGGGUGCACACGCUGGUCUUUCGCAGCCUGGAGGACAUGAUCCGGGAGAGGAGGCGAGUGGACGCAAGUGGUAUUCUCAAAGAGCUGUCUUUGGUUAACGGGGACAAGGAGUAAUCAGGGAUUCCGUUUGAUAUCCUCUCCUCCACCCCCCUCCCCCCAGCUGCCUCCUCUCGCCAAUGCGCACGGACGCACAGUUUUUCUCACACACAAACGUACUCCCACACACGCACACAGCAAGCACACAGAUGCACACACAUGCAAGGACCUGUUGGUUUCGGACUGUUUGUUUGUCAAGGAUGGACCCAGGGCUGCGUCUGGACCACAGGCGCUCUGUGGAAUUCCCAUCAAAUUGCAGUGUUAAAAACUGAGAGAGCGGCCAUAUAAACAGACAACGCCCCUUCAGAUUAGAAUUCGUGCUUAGUGGGACACACGAUUUCUACUAAACCCAUUGCCCCGAACAGCGAAAUCACCUCAACAACCCGCACAUAGCGCACACGGCUCGGUUUGGUUUUCUGUUUAAUUUCUCGGGAUAAUGGAAUUGGCCCCUUCGCUGAACAGGGCGCCUGCUGCGGCAGACCAGACGAUGAGACCCGGAGGGGAAGAAAUGGGGGGAAGAUGAAAGAUAGGCUCUGGGAUGGCUCUCGAAAAGUCUCCCUUCUAUUUUUUUACUGUUAGCUUUAAGACCGGAACUGAUCAUAACAAAGAUCCAAGCCACUAAUUCAUAGACCUCUGACAGUCCCAGAUGGCUACGCAGUUGCCUAAACAAAGCAUUUUGGCUUGUUCAAGCUCCCCUUUUGCCAUAUGAAGAGUACUGUCAUUCUCACAAUGCUGUCAUCCUGAUCCACAGCACUGGAUGUAUGUGUAAAUUGUAUUCAUAUAUUGAUUUCAAUUUGAGUCCCUUAUUUUUGUAUUUAAGUUUAGUGGAUUUAACCCUGAUCUCUUUUUUGGUUCAAAUAAAUGGAGGUUGAAAUAUGAAAAUAA